GAUAUCGUCUACUAAAUGAUAUAGGAGUUAAUGUUACUUUGUUAGGCAUUUAUGUUAUUAUCUAUAGUUUACAUCAUUGACCGCGGUAACAGCAUAAAAUAAAGUAACACUAAAGACAUAUAGCUGUCGUAAUAUCAGUCGUGGUGAUUAUAGAUAUAGGACUUGAACAGGCUCGCGAAUUGAAGUGGUGAGCUAUCGAAAAAAAAUCAGUGGGCCGCUCAAAAAAAGUCUGGUCGUGCCCAUUACAGUUAUAUAUCACCACAUUCGAGUAUUUAAGUACUGUAGUGACGACAACGGCGUGUGUAGACGUUUCAACUUCUACAAAGCCUUAAAAUAAAUCAAAUUUUUAAAGACUAUACCUACUUUGAUUAUAUACAAGAAAAAUACGAUUCAUUACUAUGGUAAGCUAUAAAUUGAAUGUAAAGUUAUUGCCUUCUUUCGUAAGCCGUUUGGCCACGUCAAAUGCAACGCUAAACACCCGAAACCUUUCGUCUUUACGACAAGCCGAAUAUGGUUUCAGCACCGGAAAGGUAUCUUGUCGUAGUUUAAUAUUACGGCGCUUGGAUGAAGACGGAUUUGUGAUGAUGACUGAUGGAAGAAGUAGAAAAUCAAAGGAUUUGGUAAUUUAA